AUGGGACAAGCAGGACAACAGGGGGAGAAGGGGCUUCGAGGCUGGAGAGGUCUGUACGGACACAUAGGAGCUCCCGGGAUGAUAAAGGGCAGUAAAGGCAAUAAGGGAUCUAGGAGCGAGAGCGGCGUCGCCGGACGUCCUGGAGAGAAGGGUAACGCGGGUGUGAGGGGCGACCCGGGUCUGAGGGGGGGGCAGGGACACCGAGGACGAGCUGGAGGCAGAGGAGCAGUGGCGCUGAAAGGUUCUCGUGGUCCUCCGGGGAAACCGGGUCAUCGUGGUGCUGCAGGACGUUCUGGUCUGACUGGAGACGCUGGACGACCUGGACAAGUGUACGUCCUGUCAGGUCUGCAUGGAGACACAGGAGACAGCGGUCCACCCGCCAAAUGUGACUGUUCACAGGUUCAAACCCCAGAGCGACCGCUGGACCGAGUGCAGACGGUGUUUCUCGCGGACGGAGAGAAACAGAUGCGGAGGCUGCGAGGAGAGAACGUGAUGGUGCUGAGGACCGACCGACGAGCUCUGUACAUCUACUCUGAAUCCCAGUGGAUCAACAUACUGGUAACUGAUGGAAACAUCACACAUAAACACAACACUCCUGAAAUAAACCCCUUCAUGAAGGAAGAACCAAGACACUGA